UAAUCGAGCAUGCAUUGCACCAAAGUGGAUAAGUAUUUGUGCUUACAAAAGCAGUAAAUAAAUCGUAAAAAUAAUACCGAAAUGUUACAACCUUCUAAGCAGCAGAUACUGCGCCUCUACAAGCAUCUAAUACGGUACGGCAAUCAAUUGCAACUUACAGACAAGAACUACUUCUUGGGUCGCAUACGACGCGAAUUCAGAGAGGGUCGUGCACUAAGCGAUCCAGUACAAAUUGAAUUCAAUUUCAAGCGCGGCGAAACGCUUUUGCGAAAAGGGCGCAUCCUUUAAAUUGUUGCUGAACAGCGGCAAUGUUGCAACGACUGGUAGGAAGAGCUGCC